UCUAUAUAUAGCGGCGGCGGCGCGCCCGUUGCCCCAGUACUGACUUGUGAGGGAGCUGUUCGCACCAGGUUGCUGCCGUAGCCAACACCGCCGCCAUGGCUGAUCAGCUGACUGAAGAACAGAUUGCUGAGUUCAAGGAAGCCUUCUCUCUAUUUGACAAAGAUGGUGAUGGUACCAUCACAACGAAAGAACUUGGUACUGUCAUGCGGUCAUUGGGCCAAAAUCCAACAGAAGCUGAAUUACAGGACAUGAUCAACGAGGUAGAUGCUGAUGGCAAUGGAACUAUCGACUUUCCUGAAUUUUUGACCAUGAUGGCCAGAAAAAUGAAGGACACAGACAGCGAGGAAGAAAUCCGUGAAGCAUUCAGAGUCUUUGAUAAGGAUGGCAAUGGUUAUAUCAGUGCAGCAGAGCUACGUCAUGUUAUGACAAACUUAGGAGAAAAGCUAACAGAUGAAGAAGUAGAUGAAAUGAUCAGAGAAGCAGAUAUUGAUGGAGAUGGACAAGUCAACUAUGAAGAAUUCGUACAGAUGAUGACUGCAAAAUGAAGAGACUUCCUUUACACCUUUUUUUCCUCUAGAAGAAUCGAAUUGAAUCUUUUACUUACCUCUUGCAAAAAAAAAUGUUCAUUUAUUCAUUCUGUUUCUGUAUAGCAAAACUGAAUGUCAAAAUACCUUCUGUCCACAAACUGCAUGUAAUGGUUGGUGGUCCUGUCCCCAAAAGAUAAAGUUAAACAUCAGUUUUACAAUAUAAAUAAUGUACUACCUUUUAAAUAAGGAAGCAUUAAGUGAACUACUCAAGUUCCAUUUGCUAAUAACUAUUACACUGUUUGGGCUGGCCAGUUUUUCAUGCAUGCAGCUUGACAAUUGAGCACAGUCGGACAUUUGUAUUAAAAAAAAAAACAAAAAACAAAAAAACCCCUUAAAAUCCACUUUUUUUUUUGUUUUGUUUUAACAGUGGAUUCUAGUUCAAUUUGUAGUAUAAAUUGUCAUAGCUGGUUUACUCUAAAAUUGGUUAUACCUCAGGAUGGUAUGCAGCAACAGUGGUUGAAGGGUGCAAAAUUUAGAGAAAAUGCCCUAAAGUUUGAAUGGUUCUCCUGUUCAUAGCAGUGUGCUCCAAAAAUGAUCUUAACUAUGGAUGGCAUGUCUGUAUUUAUAAUAUUGGUUUAAACAUUGUCUGCAUUGCACUAUAGUGAAACGGGUGUCAGGCUGUUACCGUUCACAAAAUUUUUAAAAGAAACCUUCACCAAGGGAGCAUCUUUGGACUCUCUCAUAUUUUUAAAAUCUUCUGUACCGUGACUUGGAGUUGGCGGAGUAGCCUGUGGACUUCACUUCAGCACAACUAUCAACGUGGCUGUUCAAGAUAUUACAGUUUAUGUCCAUUCCAAGUUGUAAAUGCUAGUCUUUUUUUCCAAUAAAAGACCAUUAACUUAAA